AUGAAACUCUACGACUCUCCUGCCCCAAACCCCAUGGCCGUCCGGCUGUUCAUCCUCGAACGUGGCGGUCUCAACCUCGACGUGGAAGUCGUUGACACAAAGACUCUUCAGAACCGACGCCUUCCAUAUCGCGCGAUUAACCCUCGCGGGGAAGUCCCCGCCCUUCAACUUGAUGACGGCACGAUCCUGACUGAAGUCACGGCCAUUUACGAGUACCUGGACGAGAUCGCCGCUGGAGGUACAUCGCUCUUUGGAAAUACGCCGGAACAGCGUGCCGAGACCCGCAUGUGGCUGAGAAGAAUGGAUCUGGAGAUUUGUCAACUGGUUAUUGCUUGGAUCAGGAAUGAUCCUGCUACUAUCGAUCUCUAUAAAGGCCAUCGAAUUCCGACGCCUGAGGCGAGAGUGAAUCAAAAAGUGAUGAUUAAUCAAGCGUUGAAUAUGCUGGAUGAUCAGUUGGAGGGGAAGACUUGGCUAUGUGGGGAUAGGUUCUCUGCUGCUGAUGUUCACUUUUAUGGGUUGAUGAAGUUGAUGACUAUGAGGUUCUGUGAUUGGGUGCUGUUGCCGGGACGAGAGAACUUUCUGGCAUAUUGGAAGAGAUUGGAUGAGCGUGAGGCUUCGGGAAAGGCUUUGCAGACUUUCGCGGCUAGGGUUGAGGUGUGA